UCGCCUCCAAACAACAAGUCAUGGCCAAGGAAACUGAGGACUUCUCGCAACUCGAGCUGGAGUCCAUCAUUGGUUUUAAUGGAAAAGUACCUUCUGGCUUAUCUGUGCAUCCUGAUUGUGAAAAUAUAAUUUAUCCUCUGGGAUGUACAACCAUUGUACAAAACCUCAAGACUAGCCAACAAGCUUUCCUGGAAAGUCAUACUAACAAUAUCUCCUUCGUUGCGGUUAGUAGGGGUGGAAGAUAUAUUGCAACAGGACAGGUCACUUAUAUGGGUUUUAAGGCUGAUAUCAUCAUCUAUAACUAUGUUGAAAAAGCAAUUCAUGCAACCAUGACACUUCACCAAGCCAAAGUUGAAUCAUUAGCAUUUUCCCCAAAUGAUCUCUAUUUGGUCUCUCUUGGCGGUCAGGAUGAUGGCAGUGUUGUCAUUUGGAAUAUUGCAACAAAGUUAUCUAUCUGUGGAAGUCCUGCUUGUGUUGCCACUGCAGGAAAUGCAAUGACUGUAAAAUUUGCUAAUAAUAUGGACGAUACCUUCAUUACAGGAGGAACUGGUACACUACGUCUCUGGCUCCUAGAUUUACCCAAUAGAAAGAUCCGUCCCACGGAAUGCCAAACAGGACCUUUGAAAAGAAUGAUCAAUUGUAUUGAGGUAACAAAAGAUGAUAGUUUCUUCUAUUGUGGAACUACUACUGGUGAUAUUUUGAUGAUCAGCAUGAAAACUGGACUGCUGAAUAAUUAUGGGCCAAUAAAAAAUAAGUUCAGUUUGGGUGUCACUGCAAUAGUCGAGCUAAAAUCGGAGGACAUCCUUGUUGGAUCUGGAGAUGGUGUUAUCGUUCUGUGCAAAGCACCACACUUCAAGGCACUCAAAAAAGUGCAGGUGGAUGGUGGGAUCACUUCAAUCAGUCUUCGUGGUCAAGGGCACCAGUUUUUUGUUGGGACCAUUACAUCCCAGAUAUACCGAUUUAACUUCACUGAGUUCAAAGAGGAGCUGAUCACUACAUGUCACAGUAAUGCUGUUCUUGACAUAGCAUUUCCCUGUGGAACCUCAGACCUGUUUGGAACAUGUUCAAAGGCUGAAAUACGAAUCUGGCAUACACCCACCAAUAAAGAGCUCCUGCGAAUCUCUGUGCCUAAUAUGACUUGCAAUGCCAUUGAAUUUAUGCAAGAUGGGAAAAGUAUUAUCAGCGCUUGGAAUGAUGGGAAGAUUCGUGCUUUUACACCAGAGACUGGCAAAUUAAUGUAUGCAAUCAAUAAUGCCCAUCAUGAUGGUGUCACAGCAAUUGCUGCCACUAGUGACUGCAAGAAAAUAAUCAGUGGAGGUGGCGAAGGGCAGAUACGAAUAUGGGAAAUAUUUGCAAAAAGCCAUAAGUUUUCUGCAGGUCUGAAGGAGCACACAUCAACUGUGUCAUGUAUUAAAAUUAAGAAAAAUGACCAAGAAUGUGUAACAGCAAGUUAUGAUGGUACCUGCAUCAUCUGGGAUAUAAUACGCUAUGCAAGAAAUCAAAUGAUUUUGGCAAAUACCCUUUUUAAGUGUGUUUGUUACCAUCCUGAGGAAUAUCAAAUAAUAACUAGUGGAAAAGACAGGAAGAUCGGUUAUUGGGAAGUAUAUGAUGGAUCAGCUAUCAGAGAACUGGAUGGAUCCUUAUCUGGUUCUGUGAAUGGAAUGGACAUUACAACCGAUGGUAGUAUCUUUGUUACAGGAGGUGAAGAUAAAUUGAUUAAAUUUUGGGGAUACAAUGAAGGUGAAGUUACACAUAUUGGAAUAGGUCACAGUGGAACCAUCAACCGUAUUAAGAUCUCUCCAUCCGCGAAACACAUUAUCAGUGUGAGUUCAGAUGGAGCUAUUCUGCGAUGGAAAUAUCCUUAUGCAAACUAAUCUACAGCACACUUUGUUGACAUACAACAGUAUUGGUUUAGAAUUUCACCUUUGACUUAAAGGUUCAGACAGUCAGUGAUGAAUUUUGACGAUAUCUGCUUUGAAUUUCAUAAAAAUACACCUCCGUAAUGUCCAUACUGUUCUUAUGUUUCUCAAGAACCCCCUUGAGGAAUUAAUCAAAAUUCUGUGCCUUUAUUUCUUGAAUUUGAAUUUAAGUAAUUUAGGAGAAAUUCUGUUCCCCAAAGGUGUAAGUAUAAAAGACUUGAAGAUUGAAUAUAUUAAAUAUUUUAUGGUUCUGUGCAAAUUGAAGUUAAAUUAAUGUAUCUACUUUCAUAAUUUUUAAUUGUGCACUACUAUAAAAAUUGUUUUUCAUGCUGUUAUGCAUUAUCUUUUUAGUACCACUUUAACAUGUUUCUAUUUCAAUGUACUUUUGAUAUUGAAUGAUUCAUGAUUUUUAAUUACAUUGUAGCUUUGCAUGAGAAAUAAAUUUGACGGCAUUGCAUCUAGUUCUCUUUAAAGAAUAACAUUUUUUAAACUGAGUUGUAUACUGGUGGAAAAGGUUUUCCUGCAUACUAAUUGUAAUAAAACCUAAAACAGUUUUAAAGAAGGGGCUUAUGACUUUCUUACAUAUGGUGCAGAAAGGAAUAUAUCCUUAGAGUUAUUGCUUUCUUACAGUCUCCAUGAGGAAUGGAGCAAAGAUUUGAAGAAAAUGGCUAAUAAACUAAUUUCUAAUGGAGUACAGUAUCAGGCUGCAUUGAUUUGUGACCUGCAGAUGUCCAUUACUUAAAAUGAUUUCAUUCAUUCUCUUGAACCUCUUAUCCAAGGUGAACUGGAUAGACACAUAAUUCGAGAUGGAUCAAUUGUACGAGCACUCAAAAAUAACAAGAUAGCAACAUGCAAGGAUGGGAAAAGAAAUAUAAAAGAUCAGUUGCAAGAAUUGGAAUCCAUAUAUAAAGUCAAAAUUGUAACUUAUAGUGCAUUGUCAUUUUCCCACAGUAAAUAAUGGCAGAUGUUUAAUCAAUAAACAUCUUUGGGCAAUUCAUGGCCCAAAGCUAGGUCCCAACAUCAAUUACUGAAUCUUCUGAGAAAGUACCUUAACAUUUAUUACUUGCACUGAACAGUUUGAAGUUUACUUCUUAAAAAAUGUAGUGGUUACUUAGCUUGUGAGGACACACCAACAUUUCUCAUUUAGAAAUGUCUCUUUUAGAAAUUUCAUGAUGUGGAGAUGCCAGUGUUGGAAUGGGGUGAACAAAGUUAAA